AAAAAACAAAAACAUAAGAUUCAGGGCAAAAAAUUAUGCAGAUGAAAUUGUUGUUGUGGAUGGUGGUGAUGAUGGUCAUAUUGCCAUCUUCUACCGUUACAGCAAGUUCAAAUAUUUCUCUAGAAAACUGCCCACAAAAAUGUGGAAACGUUAGCGUUCCUUUCCCUUUUGGAUUUGGCCGUCCUGAAUGCGCGAAAAACUCAACCUUCCUGCUUGAAUGCGACCAGAGCAGCAGCCUCUUGUACGGCAACACUCCAAUUAACAACAUAUCAUUGGAAGACGGCACCAUCACCGGACUAAUUUACUCUGCCUACGAGUGCUACGACGAGAACGGUCGUUUAUCGACAAAGAGAUUGGGGAACGUCAUAUUCAAAGGAUGGUCUUUCAUCAUAUCCCCCACCCACAACACGUUUGUUGGCUUGGGCUGCGACACGAUGGCCAUGAUGACCGACAGAGAAGGAAGGCUUGGAAGUGGGUGCAACACCUUCUGCUAUGACCGUACCGACAUUAGGAACGACGAUUCUUGCACCGGUUUCGGAUGCUGCCAGACCUCCAUCCCCAAGCACCUCAACCAAUUGAACAUUACGGUUACCAGUGCUUAUAAUCACGAAAAAGUUUUGGAUUUCAACCCCUGCAGUUAUGCUUUUGUGCUUGCAAAUUCCUUCAACAAAUCGAAAAUUAAUUUCCUUGGUUACCUAGAAGCUGCCCUAAUGUGGCCUGUGGUGUUUGAAUGGAUAUUGAUGAGUGCAAAGAACCAAACAAGUAUCUUUGCCACGGACCUUGCCGGAAUACCAUCGGAUCCUACAUUUGCGAAAAUGAAACAAACAAAACGAACAAAACAAACUGGCUUUUCAUUUUGGAAAAGAAGGAAAAUGAAGCUCCGGAGCCAGUCCUUCAAACAAAGCUUAUUAUUGCAGCAUCAACUGUCUUCAACUGAGGGAGGUCAGGGCACUGUUUAUAAAGGAAUGUUGGUUGAAGGAAGAAUUGUUGCAAUUAAGAAGUCCAAAGUAUUAGAUGAAGAGAAAGUUAAAGAUUUCAUCAAUGAAGUGGUGAUUCUUAUGCAGGUUAAUCACAGAAACAUAGUUAAGUUAUUAGGGUGUUGUUUGGAGACUGAAGUUCCUUUGCUAGUUUAUGAAUUCAUCCCCAAUGGGACACUUUUCCAGUAUAUACAUGAUGAAAAUGAGGACUUCCCAUUAUCUUGGGAAAGACGAUUAACAAUUGCAUCAGAAGUUGCAUCUACCCUUUCCUACUUGCACUCAGCAGCCUCCACUCCCAUUUAUCAUCGAGAUGUCAAGUCCUCGUAUAUUUUACUGGAUGAAAUGUAUAGGGCAAAGGUUUCAGAUUUUGGGACAUCGAGAUCAAUUGCCGUUGAUCAAACUCAUUUGACUACAAAUGUUCAAGGCACAUUUGGGUAUGUAGACCCUGAAUAUUAUCAGUUAGGUCAAUUUACAAAAAAGAGUGAUGUUUAUAACUUUGGAGUUGUUCUUGUUGAGCUCUUAACUGGGGAAAAACCAGUUUCUUUGGGAGGGCAGAAGGUGAAAAAAAUUUAGCCUCUCAUUUCAUUCUUUCCAUGGAAGAGAAUAACCUUUUUAAUAUUCUUGAUGCUCAAGUUAAGGAUAGUUCUGCACAUUAAGAAAUUAUAAAGGUUGCUAAACUUGCAUAUAGAUGCUUAAGUUUGAGUGGUGAAAGGCGGCCAAGGAUGAUAGAAAUUGCUAUGGAGUUGGAGCAUAUUCGUUUUUUGCAAAACAAUUCAAAUGGUCAAAAAAAUCAUGAAGAGAUUACAUAUGUCGAAUCUGAAGUAACCAAAUACUGAAAUGUUGCCUCAAGAACUUCUUCAUUAUUAGAUACAGAUACACAGCCACUAGACCUGGCAAAA